AUGUCCCUAGAUCACUUUAUCGGCGACAUUGGGCAGCCUCUGCACGUCGAGGCGGACGCCCUAGGCGGGAAUCGAAUCUCUGCCAGAUGCAAUGGUGCCAGUACAAAUCUUCACUCUGUGUGGGACUCUGGGAUAAUUAACAGAUUGCUUCAACAAAGCCAUGGGAACUCAGUUGCAAACUGGGUUGACAAUCUCGUUGCUCGCAUCAAGACGGGCUCGUUUAAAUCCCUCACAAGCAGCUGGUUGAGCUGCAGUUCUGUGACGCAGCCUUUGCGACGAGAUUUGGACGUCCAGAUUAACGAGUUCCUCAGUACACGAGCUGUAACCCCACUUGAAUGCCCCCUGGUUUGGGGCGGUGAAUCGAAUAAAUUCGUUUGCUCGACUGUUUUCACCUUUUCCACUGGCGAAGAUCUAUGCACUGGGAGUUACUUUACAAACGCCGUCCCCGUGAUUGAGUUGCAGAUAGCGAAGCAAGCAUUCCGCUUAGCCGCUUGGCUCAAUGUGUUAUUUGACGGAGCAACAAAUCUCCCAUGA